AUGACAGUGGAUGAAGGGAGGGUCACUGUGAGCAUGACCCAGUCAGCUGACACCAACCUAAGAAUUUCCCCGCUCACGCACUGCCGGGUCAUGCAGAAUAAAGGCUCGUUAUGGUAUAUUGCUGAUAAAUUCAAGGUUACCACCCGUGUUGGUGGUAGAAAGCUUUUUAAGGACCUCAGUCUCUGGAAGCCGCUCAAUCCUAGAUCCCAGAUGACAUGGGGAAAUGCAAGCAGAUGUUCCGUUCCUUAUCUCGAGGAUGAACAUUGCGCCCAAGGAGGCAGACUCGAUCGCUGUUGGUUUCUGGUGACGUGGACCAGCCCAUGUCUAUCGCAUGAUCAUUGGAAAACAUUGGGAGAUGGAUACUCAAAGCAAACCUGGGGCGGUCACCAUGGCGAUCUAGUCUUCGAAUAUGACCGUCUCAGCUAUGCGUUCAUUGUACUGCAACGCACUACGAAGAGACCGAAGACUUCUCCAGGAAAAAAACGGCAUCACCUAUUAAAUGCGCGAAAGAAAUAUAUCAGGGAGAAUAACACGCUCAACAAUAAAUCAUCUUCACGGCCUCCCACACGCUGUCCAGGCUCCAAAUGUUUCACCCUCAAUGUGAUACCAAAUGACGGGCUUGCCGGGGCAGGUAAAAUGCCCCAGAAACUGAUAAUGAUGCUGACGUACUCUUCCCCGGCAAGAAUGUUACGGAUGACAGCUGCUUCUUUUUCUUCCAGGAGAACCGGAAGUUCAAUGUCAAGGUAUAUGAAAACCCGAACCCAUCCCUGGGCUGUUGAACAAGCUCACCCACACGAUGACGCUGUCGAGUCCUGCAUGUGGAGGGAUCUCUUUGCCACGGAGGCGGUUCCUUUAUAG